GCCCACAGACUUAUCGAUCUCCUUGGUAAAGACAGCAUCUCCAAUCUAUCCAAACGUACUACCAAAUCCGGCCUCUGCCAGUCCCGAGAAGGAGUGUCAACAAAGUCUACGUGUCCACAAUGGUCGUCAACAACUGGGAAUACACGGCGCGGAGAGUCGCGCGCCGUACCUGGGAGACAAUCCAAGUCAAUUGGCAUCUCGGCUUCACCGCGUUUGGCGGACCACCUGUUCAUUUCAAGAUUUUUCAUGAUAAGUUCGUAUCGAAGCUCGCUUGGAUCGACGAGCAGUUGGUACAUACAAUAUAGUCGCACGUUGUUCUCAAGUUCAUCAAACAAAGAAACUAACCAACAUGUUUCAGUACCAGGAACUUUUCAGUAUCUCCCAAGCUCUAUCUGGCCCUGCUAGCACCAAGAUGCUAUACUGUAUAAAUCUGAUCCAUGAUGGUUUACUUGGAGCUGUCCUUGCUUUUUUUAUUUGGAGUUUGCCUGGCGCGCUAGGUAUGUUUGGCCUCUCCAUCAGCGUCUCCAAUAUCGGAGAGACUCUUCCUCGUCCGGUGUAUGCUCUGCUCUCGGGACUUAACGCUGCCACAGUUGGGAUUAUUGCCCUGGCAGCAGUCGAGCUGUCGAAUAAAGCAAUCACGGACAAGCUCACCAGAAUUCUCGUCUUUCUGACUGCCGCAGCUGGAAUGCUAUACAAUGCUCUAUGGUACUUCCCGGUCCUUAUGUUUGCCGCCGGCUGCGCUGCUGUCGCAUACGACUACCGCUGGUUCCACCGACCUAUUCGAGCUGUAAAACAGCUCGUCUCCAGGAUGAAAAGCACGACGCCUACUGAAGGGGAGAAUACCGCAAGAGACGAAAGCGGACCCAGCAGAGAGACAAAUGCCUCCAGCAUAACUCUCAAUGAUCAAAGUCGGUAUGGUACACGGGAGUCUGAACCGCGCGUCGUCCCACAUGAGUAUCGUCUCAAUUUGUCAUGGAAGUCUGGAACUGCGAUUAUUGCAGCAUUCUUCGUUACCUUCAUCAUCGUUAUGGUGCUCCGAGGAGUUUUGCCUGAUCCCCCUCUGCUAUACAAACUAUUCGCGAACCUUUAUCUUGCUGGCACCAUCAUUUUCGGCGGCGGACCGGUAGUAAUUCCGCUCCUCAGGGAAUAUAUCGUGGCCGAGGGAUGGGUUAGUCCGCGCGACUUCCUCAUUGGUCUCGCAAUUGCACAGGCCUUCCCGGGGCCAAACUUCAACUUCGCUGUGUUCUUAGGCGGCCUCACAGCUAUUCACAGCGGGUAUUCUUCCAUUGCCGGAGCACUCAUCGCAUUUUGUGGCAUCUUUUUUCCCGGUAUUGUCCUCGUCCAGGGAACAAUGGGGGUCUGGGGGGUGUUGCGAAGUAGGCGCUGGGUAAAAUCUGGAGUGAGAGGCGUCAAUGCCGGCGCUGUCGGGCUUAUAUAUACGGCCGUGUAUCGGAUCUGGCAGAUUGGCUACAUCGAUGAAGGUUUCCAGUCGGGGAAGAGUCUGGCAGAUGAUCCAUGGUGGGUGGUCGUGACCGCGACUGCCUACGUGGGGGGGCGAUACUUCAGCCUUGCGGCGCCGCUGGCUAUUCUUCUCGGGGCUGUGCUAGGCUUGGUCAGAUACGGAGUUGUUAUAGGUCGGGGGUGAACAGUUUUCCAC